UCAUACUGCCAAUAUGAUUUUGGUUCUUACACGAGUGUUCGACUUUGAUAAUCUGUGAGUUGACUGAAAAAAUAUUGGUAUGUUUAGAUUUAGUUGCUUUAGUUGCAUUUGCUGGUUUCCUUCCUGUCAAACCAGUAAAUGUUUUGUGUUUAGUCUGAAGCCUGAAGGUUGUUUGUUCUACAUCAUCCAGUCCUGCCAUGACCUUAGAUGGACUGCUACUGAUCUACCUGUCGGCCUCUUUCUGAACAGGGAGAGGUCGACAAGGAGAUAGUGUUUAUCGGAAAGUGUUCGGAAAAUGGGCCGUUGGGUUUUGACGAGAGGGGGGCGCGUAGGCAGCCUGGGGGGAGGGGUAUCUCUGAAUCUGCCGUCUUCAUCAUGAACCCUCUUUUGAUACAACAGGAAGGAGAUUGAGUGACAAGACAGUGUGCGAAAGAGGUAGACAUCCCCAAGGAUGAACGCGUUACCCCGACUUCUGACAGAGAGAUCAGUCCUUUAAGUUAAACAUCUAAGGGUUGAAGGGAAUAGAAGAAAAAAAGUGAUUUUCAAAGAAGACAGAGGGAGAAGAGUUGUCAAGCUCAGAAAGAUGGAUGCCAUGAGACGCACGCUGCCUCGUCUCCGGCUGACUGUGCCCGUGCCCAUGAAGACGGAGAAGGUGGCAAUGUCUCCAGGAGAGGACGGUCUGAUUGGGAUCCCCUUCCCGGAGCACAGCAACGAGCUCCUGUCCCAUCUAAAUGACCAGAGGAGGACGGGCCUUCUCUGUGACCUCACGCUGACAUCCCGCGGGGCACGCUACCCGACUCACCGCUCUGUCAUGGCUGCCGUCAGUCUCUACUUCCGCGGGCUGUUCGGGGCAGAGGAGGGGGCCGGCGAGGGCGGAGCAGGUUUCAGCGUGUGCCAGCUCGACUGCGUGGCACCCGACGCCCUGGACGCCCUUCUGGAGUUUGCCUACACUGCCACUCUGACCAUCCCCAGCUCCGGGAUGAGAGAUGUGCUGCGAGGGGCUCAGCUUCUGGGCAUCCAGUGUGUGGCUGACGCAUGCAGAGACAUCCUGGGGGAGACGGCGGAGGGGUUGACGACAGAGGAGCAGAGGGCCCAAAACGCAGCUACUGAGAGGAUGGCGGGGGGAGAGAAUAGGGUGGAGAGAGGGUCUCGAAGAAAAAUGGACAAAAAGAAGAUGAGAAAAGUUGUAUCGCAUCACAUCAACUCCUCAGUUUUUAACCCACCACCCGCGUCUCCUAUCUCGCACCCUUCACCUUCAUCCGACAGCUUCCGCUCCCUGCCGUCGACCCAGCCUCCCAGCCCCGAACAGGAGGAGCUUCGCGCCAAAUCCAGGCAGAACGGAGGUCCAAGAGGGAUCCGAAAGCCAGGGAAAGGGGCCACACUAAAUGGAGGGCUCCUUCACUGGCUGCAUGAGCGCCCCCAUAUAGCCCAACCACCUACUGCCCUGCCCUUGAAUGACAAGCUGUCAGAGGAUGAGGACAUGGAGGCUUUCGGUGACGACGGUAUGCUGAUGGAAAGCACCUCUGUACCUACCUCUGUCUCUGAUCGAGGAGCAGAGGCCUCUGCAGCGGGAGUUGGGAGAAAGAGGAAGUCUCAGACGCCCCAGCAGUGCCCUGUUUGUCAGAAGAUCAUCCACGGAGCAGGAAAACUGCCCCGACACAUGAGGACACACACUGGAGAGAAGCCCUUCCAGUGCUCUGCCUGUGGAGUCCGUUUCACCCGGAACGAUAAGUUGAAGAUCCACAUGAGGAAGCACACAGGCGAGCGUCCUUACCCUUGCCCUCACUGCCCUGCUCGGUUUCUCCAUUCGUACGACCUAAAAAACCACCUGUCCCUCCACAGCGGGGCGAGGCCCUUUGAGUGCCCGCUCUGCCACAAGGCCUUUGCCCGAGAGGACCACCUCCAGCGUCACCGCAAGGGACACAGCUGCCUGGAGCUGCGCACACGUCGACCCAGACGUGGGGCUGAGCUUGGGGAGGAUGGGAGAGGGGAUGAAGGCGAGAGGGAGCAGUCCAACCCUCUGGAGGCCUCGUCUUUACAGGCCCACUCCUCUGCGUUCUUCCCUCACAUGAUGCUGGAUGGUGGGAGUGGAUCCGGUGUCGGCCCCCCGCUGAUGUUUUCAGGUGAUGUCGAGAGGGAGCGAUCCAUCGCCCUUCAGGCCUUGGCUCAACUUGGGCCUCACAGGCUGGCCGGCUAUCCCGAGCUCCUCCUGCGAAGUCUGGAGGAGCUGGCAGGAGGCCGAGAGGCGGAGCGAGAAGAUCCAGGAGGAACCCGCUCGCCGGCCGGGCAGCGUGACCGAUGGCCUGAUGAAGAGGAAAUUGGAGAGAAGGAAGAGGAAUAGUAAAAAGAGUGCGUGUGUGUUUGUUUGUGUGUAUAUAUGUGUGUGUGUCUGUGUGGUUGAGCAUCCACAGUAAAAAAAAAAUCUCACUCAGGUGGCUGGACUAAUGACCUGCUGCUCCCACAUAGAGCGCUUACAAAAUAAAAACUAAACUAAAUCAUAUACAAAAAUACAAUGGAAAACGGGUUUUCUUAGAUAUUUUAAAUGUUUGUCUUCUGGCUCUUGGCGUUUUUUAUUUAAUUUGUCUUUUAGGUUUUAUUUCUCGUUUGCUGUUUAAUUUGAUGUAUUUUAGUUUUGAGCCGUUUGAUUUUUCUAGCUGGACGUGUUGAGUGUGUGGUAACUGGGAUGCUUUUCACUAUGCAAACAAAAAUCCAGAGCUGCAACAUGAAGGGAAUUUUGAAGAUGUUAGAUUGUAGUUGCAACAUAAAUGUAUUGAUUCAGGUGCAAUUCAGAAGUCAUAUGACCUAGAGCACAACAAUGAGUUUGUAUAUCCGCUGUCCUCUGGUGGAAAUGCAGUGUAAUCAAACUCACUCUGUACAUUGAAAGCAAUAAUGUUUGUCUUUUCUUGUUAGUGGUAAUCUCUGCUUUUGAUUUGGUGCUUAAACCAAAGAUUUUUAGUUGAACUGUUUUCUUAAAUCCUAAGUUAACAGGAGAGAAGUGAAUUGUAGCCAAUGUUGGGUUUUCAGAGAAGACUCUUCCCAACGGUUUUGAAAGCCAUGAGAAAGAAUCUGCUUCCAUGUUUGAGUGUGAAAUGCCUGACCAAAAGGCACAAAGUCUGGAUCAAUGAGUUGAUGUUGAUUAUGUUGAAGACAAUUCUUCUUUUCCCAAAGACUGGAUUUCAGUCUUCUAAUGCGCUCAUUUGGGUUUCUUGUUUGAAAAAAAAAAGAAAAAGGGGGGAAGAAGUGAGGGGAUGAAUGAGAUGGCGCCCC